UGUAGGUUCGUAUAAUAUUCCAGAUUUUUUCCCUCAUUGAUUACUAUAGUGAGCACAUGGACUUCACUAAUGCACACGAAGUGUGACUGAUCCGACUGACCUCCUAAGCCUCCAAAGAUGACAAGCUCAUCUGGUUCAUAAAAACUUCCGUAACCUUAUCAAUAAUUUCGUUAUCCACAAAGGCCUUGCGCAAUUGAUCGCAUUGUGCGUUGUCGAAGAAGAAGAAGAAGAAGCUAAUUUGGGAGAUCGAUCCCAAUCGCAUUUCGCAGGCACGCUUCCAUGGAUGGAUCCAAGUGGUGCGAUGCCAACUACGUGCCGCUCACGCCGCUGAGCUUCUUGGAGAGCACCGCGCUCGUGUACGGUGGCCGGACGGCCAUUGUCUGCGGCGACAGGCAGUUCUCGUGGCGCGAGACGCGAGAGCGGUGCCUCGCCGGGGCGUCCGCGCUCGCGCAUCUCGGCGUCGGCCGCCGUGACGUGGUAAGUCACCGGAGCUUGACGAGUUGCUGUCCUUUUCUUAUUCUUCUUCUUUCCUUUCCAUCUGCUGCUCCGUGUGCUGCGUGCCAGGUCGCGGUCAUCGCCUCGAACACGCCGGCGAUGUACGAGCUCCAUUUCAGCGUGCCCAUGACCAGCGGCGUCCUCUGCACGCUGAACACCCGGCACGACGCCGCCAUGGUGUCUGUCCUACUGAAACACUCGGACGCCAAGGUGUUCCUCGUCGAGACGCAGUUCCUCGCCGUCGCCCACGACGCACUGAGGCUCCUUGCUGACGCCAGUGCCAACCUUCCCCUCGUCAUCACCAUCUCGGACAUGGACGGCGGCGGCAUGGACUACGAAGCUCUUCUGCGGAGCGCGCCGCGCGGCUUCGAGAUCCGGUGGCCGGCCGACGAGCGCGACCCGAUAUCGCUGAACUACACGUCGGGGACGACGUCGAGGCCCAAGGGCGUCAUCUACAGCCACCGCGGCGCGUUCCUGAACACGCUGGCCACGUUACUCAUCAACGACGUAGUGACCAUGCCGGUGUACCUCUGGACCGUGCCCAUGUUCCACUGCAACGGCUGGUGCAUGGUGUGGGGCACCGCGGCGAAGGGAGGCACGAGCAUCUGCAUCGGGAGCGUGUCGCCCAAGGUCAUCUUCGAGAAGAUCGUGCGACACGGGGUGACCAACAUGGGCGGCGCGCCGACGGUGCUCAACAUGAUCGUGAACGCGCCGGCGUCGGAGCGGAAGCCGCUGCCGAGGAGGGUCAGAAUCUCGACGGGCGGCGCGCCGCCACCGCCGCAGGUCCUGGCCAAGAUGGACGAGCUGGGGUUCGAGGUCGUGCACGGGUACGGCCUCACGGAGACGUACGGGGCGGCGACGGUGUGCGCGUGGAAGCCCGAGUGGGACGCGCUGCCGCCCGCCGAGCGCGCCCGGAUCAAGGCGCUGCAGGGCGUCCCCCACAACAUGCUCCAUGAGAUCGCCAUCAAGGAUCCGGUCACCAUGGAGACCUUGCCCUCCGACGGGCGCGCCGUCGGCGAGGUCAUGCUCCGCGGGAACACGGUCAUGAGCGGGUACUUCAAGGACGCGGCCGCCACGGAGGAGGCCAUGCGCGGCGGGUGGCUGCGCACGGGCGACCUCGGCGUGCGGCACCCGGACGGGUACCUCCAGCUCAAGGACAGGUCCAAGGACAUCAUCAUAUCGGGCGGCGAGAACAUAAGCUCCAUCGAGGUGGAGUCGGUGCUGUUCGGGCACCCCGCGGUGCUCGACGCCGCGGUGGUCGCGAGGCCGGACGACCACUGGGGCGAGACGCCGUGCGCGUUCGUCACGCUCAAGGACGGGGCGAGAGCCACCGCGGAGGACAUCAUCGAGUUCUGCCGGGCACGGCUGCCGCGCUUCAUGGCGCCGCGGACGGUGGUGUUCAGCGACCUCCCCAAGACUUCGACCGGGAAGACGCAGAAAUAUCUGCUCCGGGAGAAGGCGAGGGGCAUGGGAAGCUUGCGAAAGCCAGACAGAAGCAGACUCUAGCUGACUUUGCUGCUGGGAAUAUAGCUCAUUCCUGAGAGUGUGCUGAUGUGAUGGUUUAGCUUGCUCAAUUCUGCUGAUGUAAUUUCAGAAUGGUGUGCCAUUAUGGAUCA